GGUCUCUGGUACGAGAUGGUUAGUCUUUCGCCAGGCUCGGCAGGCCGUCCCAAGUCCGACUACGCGCCUUCUGAGAUCGAUGACUUGACGGACGAGGAAAUUGAAGACCUUAUAGGUUGUUCAGCGCAGAAGUACCCAGAGCGGAUUGCCUUCGGUGAUCACCACAUAACACGUGUCACUGAUACCAUCGUGUCAAAGUUUGGUCAAGAUGUGGAGGAGGAUGUCGCAGAGCCGUCCGAGGCUUUGACACUCGACCUCGUCUUUCGCCACACGACGAUACCGGUUCCGCGCGUCAGACGCAUAAUCAGGGAUCCUAUUGGCAUAACUUUAAUCCUCAUGGACUACAUUCCUGGACGACAGUUGUCCGUCGUCUGGCCUACCAUGUCCCUCGAGGAACGCCUCUGUGUUGUGUUCACCCUCCGCGAUUACGUGCGCCAACUGCAGGCAGUUCGCCACCCCCGCUCGGCGGUGCCAGGCCCGGUAGCACCAGGCGACGAGGCUCGCACUUGCGAGUCACCGGUGUGGGGUCAACUCAUAGAACGCCGUGGUCCAUUCACCUCUUACCGCGACUUCUCCAUCUGGUGCGAUCGGGCUCAGCGCGUCGGCAUCGACCUGCUGAAGAAGAAACCGAGAUGGACCACGUCAGACUUGCGAUUCGAACCAUUCGACACGAUCAUGGGCUCGUCGCCAUUCGUGCUAUGCCAUCAGGACCUCAACAUGCGUAACAUCAUCGUUGGCGAUGACGGCCGGCUAUGGCUGGUCGAUUGGGCAUGGGCGGGCUUCUAUCCACCCUGGUUUGAAUACAUCUCCAUGAAGGAACAAUCGGAGAACGAGGAGUCGGUGAUGCAUCGAAAGGAGCCCUUCUGGGAUCUAAUGAUCCCAUUCAUCUGCCGUCCAUAUUAUCGGGAGGAGCGGUGGUUGCAGAAGGUCAUGCCUGCGUUUCUUUACAAAUUCGAACGCGACAGCAGAAAUUUGGCUGAAGACUAUCGUACUUGUACAACAGGUUAAGUAUGGGGUCUCAGGCUCAUCAUGAUGGCAUGGCGUACUAGCGCGGACAAACGCGCCUCAUUAUUGCGUACACAACAGACUCGAUUAUGUAAUCGAUCGUUGAGUCGUAAGACCUUACAUGGCUCCUAACUAGUAUGACGAAUCGACGGUCAUGGAAGCAACUGACCAACUGUGUAGGAUCUCUUCUCUCUCGUGCCCCCUGACAUUCAUCCAGUACUAUGAUGCGCCCGAGAUCAGAUUAUGAGGCCUCCAGCAUUGACCAUCUGCGAGA